CGAGAAAUGCUUUAAAGUACUCACGUGGAGCCCUGGAAACUACAACUACCAAGGGGCUACGGGUUCCUGGGCAGUUUUCUCCUUUCCGUCUAGUUAAACGUCUGGGGUUGAUUCUGAGAGAUCAACUUGACUGGCCUUCAAGUUCAGCACCACACAGUGAUUGGAUUCACCUGUGAUGAAAUGGGGGCCAACCAGUCCGUGGGCUUUCCACCUGUUACGGGGCCCCACCUCGUAGGCUGCGGGGAUGUGAUGGAGGGUCAGAGUCUCCAGGGAAGCUUCUUUCGACUCUUCUACCCCUGCCAAGAGGCAGAGACCACAGAACAGCCCCUCUGGAUUCCCCGCUAUGAGUACUACACGGGCCUGGCCAAUUACCUGCAGUUUAAUAAGCGCUGGGGGGCACUGCUGUUCAACCUGGCUGUGGGAUCUUGUCGCCUGCCUGUUAGCUGGAAUGGCCCAUUUAAGAAAAAGGACUCUGGAUACCCCUUGAUCAUCUUCUCCCACGGUCUGGGAGCCUUCAGGACAUUGUAUUCAGCUUUCUGCAUGGAGCUGGCCUCCCGUGGCUUUGUGGUUGCUGUGCUGGAGCACAGGGACCAGUCAGCUGCAACCACAUAUUUCUGCAAGCGGGCCCCAGAGAACGAGUUGCUGGAGGAGGAAUGGAUUCCUUACCGUCCAAUUGAGGAAGGGGAGAAGGAAUUCCAUGUUCGAAAUCCCCAGGUGCAUCAGCGGGUAAGCGAGUGUGUACGGGUGUUGAGGAUCCUGCAAGAAGUUACUGCUGGACAGACCAUCCUCAACAUCUUGCCUGGUGGGUUGGAUCUGAUGACCUUGAAGGGCAGCAUCGACAUGAGCCGCGUGGCUGUGAUGGGACAUUCAUUUGGGGGGGCCACAGCUAUUCUGGCUUUGGCCAAGGAGACCCAAUUUCGGUGUGCUGUGGCUCUAGAUGCUUGGAUGUUUCCUCUGGAAAAUGACUUUUACCCCAAUGCCCGAGGCCCCGUGUUCUUUAUUAAUACUGAGAAAUUCCAGACAGUGAAGAGUAUCAGUUUGAUGAAGAAGAUAUGUGCCCAGCAUGAACAAUCCAGGAUCAUAACUGUCCUUGGUUCUGUUCAUCGGAGUCAAACUGAUUUUACUUUUGUGACGGGCAACUUGAUUGGUAAAUUCUUCUCCACUCAGACCCGUGGGAGCCUGGACCCCUACGCAGGGCAGGAGGUCGUGGUACGGGCCAUGUUGGCCUUCCUGCAGAAACACCUGGACCUGGAAGAGGACUAUGAUCAAUGGAACAAUCUCAUUGAAGGCAUUGGACCGUCACUCACCCCAGGGGCCCCACACCAUCUGUCCAGCCUGUAGGCACAACUGGCCAUUUAUGAAAGGUCACUUGAGCUGAGCCUCCAUCUGGGGGCAGCCCUGGGGCAUCUGAAACCUCCUGUUAGGAAGUGCCAACCUGACACUUUUUCAUGGAUUAAGAGGAUAUAAUCACACUGUUGAUUGGGUGACUGGCUACUUCAAUCUUAGACUUGUUGAUCUUCAAGUCACGUUGGAACUGGGAUCACUUACUGAUUGGCAAACUGACUUUCUGGGCCUUGAGCCCCACUAGUGUGGGGAACAAGCCGUGGGAUGGGACUGGGGGAGACGCAGGCCCGAGUCGGGCACUGUGAAGCCUGCAUGUGGAGUGAGCUGACUCCCUCAUUCACGCCAGUUUAGUGGACGAGAUGGAAUCAAGGGAUAGAGGGAAAAUCCCUACCUUCAGAGAGACUCUAGCCCAGCCCAGCACAUCUCUUCCUACCUCUCAACCUUCUGCCUCCGCAGGGCCACACAGUGACCUGUGAGCACUUUAGGUGUCUCUCUAGGAUACAAACUAUCAUUGGAUUUCCUAUUUAUUUUCAAAUCUUCCCAUUGCAGGAAACAUAGUACUACUUAGUCCUUAGACCUGUAGGCCCACAGUGGGUAGAUGGCGUGACUGUUAGCACAGAGAGAGUAGCUGAAGUGCCAAGGGGUCCCUCAGAAGCUCUGGAUAUCUUUGGGGCUUCACUAAAAAUGUAUCUUGACAGGAAGCAACACAAGUAGGUUAAGGUGGGGAAGAUAAUUUAACAGUGUCAAAUAGCCAUUGAUACACGUCCUUGCCACAAGAGGGAGGUAGUUUGGUCUAUUAAAACUCAGGAGGAUACCCUCAGAGAGGUCUAGGAACAUGUUGAUCUGGACUCCUACCUCAGAUAGCAGGAACCUCCAACUUGCUCUCGUUGUUUUCUGACUCUGAGGCUCUUCCCCUGAAUUUAAGUCAGGAUACAGACUGGAAUUCCAUAUCGUUGCAUUUAUAAUAUGAAUUAUGUUAAUACUCAUGUUUGCCUAAUGUUACGCUGGAAUAUUCUGUCUAUUUAAUCUGCAUUAGAACAAGAUGGGGAGCCAUCUGGAAGUGACUUUUCCUUCUGUCUUUUCCAUGUUCACUUACCACUUGGGCCCACAUGGAAAAAAACUUGGGAAGGAAGUCUUCCUAGAAAUAUAGUUCAAAGCUCUUUAGGAACGUCAUCCUGAAACUCCAUUCCUCACUGCUCAAGACUUCUCACCUCAGUCCAAGUAGGACCCCAGAGAAGGCAAGAACAAAUGGGAAAUGAAUCUGUAUACAUAGGUCCAAGAUCAGGGCCACCAAAGCAAGCUGGGACUAGAUCUCCACUUUUUUUUUUUUUUUUUUUUUGGAUCUCCACUUUUUAACAGCUGGUCGUUCUAAGAGGUGAAACACCAGAGCCAAUCGAGGCUGUGGACCUUGAGCAGAUCUAUGAAUUCCCAUGAGAUGUGGCAUAAGAAAGAUUCCUGUAUCGUUAAAGCCUGGAGCCCUAGAGUUAUAUAGCCUGGUUUUGAGUCCUGGCUCCGGCACUGCCAACUGGGUAAACUUGAGCAAAUUGUAUUCUCUUUUUAAUCUCAGUUCCUGCAUUUCUAAAAUGAGAGUCUGCCUUAUGAAUAGUUACGAGGAUUAAAUGAGAGGAUAUAUAA